UUUAAAAUUUUCUCCCAGUUCGUUCAUGAGUAAUUUCAGCGUAAACUGACGCCAGAAAUAAGACUUUGCAGCUCACAGGAGGUUUUAGGCACAUAGUCAUAAGAAAGCGAGUUAUAAUAAAUACUAGUUUUAAGAAGCCGCCACGUGCGAGAUCAUGUGCGAUAGGUCAACGUUAACGUGAAUUUGACGGUUGUGGCGGAGCGCUUCUAACAAGAGGGACGAUUUUGAAGUUUGUUGGAACACGCGACACUCGGAUUAUCAAAAGACCAUUUCUUCAACGAUUUUUGGGUGGACGAAAGCGAAAUACAAAACAAGACAGCCAGUCUCCCACUGCUUAAUACCGCGCAAUAAGUUUGAAAGUGAUUUCACCACCUUUUGACUUCUUUCCAGAUUAAGUACAAAUAACGGCAGGCGAUGGUGAACAGCCGUGUGGAAACCACUGCUGUCGCGGUAACGGGAGGUAGUGGCGGGGCAGUGCGCUCCUGUGCAGGCUGCGGAGGUCGGAUCUCGGAUCGCUUUCUGCUCUUCUCCAUGGAUCGGUACUGGCACACACGCUGCCUUAAGUGCUCCUGCUGCCAGGCUCAACUGGGAGAGAUCGGCAGCACCUGCUUCAGCAAAGGAGGAAUGAUCCUCUGCAGGAACGAUUACAUCAGAUUGUUUGGUCACAGUGGAGCCUGCAGUGCAUGUGGACAGUCUAUCCCCGCCAGUGAGAUGGUGAUGAGGGCCCAGGGUAACGUCUACCAUCUAAAGUGUUUCACUUGUGCCACAUGUCGAAAUCGCUUGGUGCCUGGUGACCGAUUUCACUACGUCAACGGCACCAUCUUUUGUGAGCAUGACCGACCAGGUGGAGCUUUGCUCAGUAGUCACCUGACCCCCUUGCAGAGCAACACCCUUCUACCCGACCAAAAGGUUUGCUGAGGAAACAUGGAUGUAUAAUUUGCGGUGUGCCUUUUCUUCAUAUAUUUCCUCAACUCUUCCAUCCAAUCUAUCAUUGUGAAUGUCCACCCACACCCAAGAUCUUCCACGCCACUUUUGUGCAUUCAGCCACCUUAGAAGAAUUCAGAACCACGCAAGUACCGAGUCACUUGCAAGACAAUCACCCCUAACGAGGGAAAUGUAAUCAAGUCGAAGAAAGACGCAGAAGCAAAAAAUGAUCAUACGCACGCAUAUGUGGUCUGUGUGGUUAUGGCUGGGGUAGCCUGACCCUGAAAUCCUUAGACUCCAUGAAAGAGCAGCUCUAUAAUGCUGGGGUGAAGCUCAACAUGAUUUUGUUCCCCUUUGAGAAGUUUCUCAAGAAAUGUUGUGGACGUUACCUGACAUUUUGGACUGUGGGGGUCUAUGGAUGAUGAUAGAUAUCACUUCUUGCCCACAAAACGACAUCUAUAUAGAAAAAGACCUCUUUGUUUCUUUUUCUUUUUUUGCAGUGGUGGUUGCCUUUUGUUUACGGACCCUUUUCACUUCAAGUGCAAGUUUAUUCUUUCUUUUUUGAAAAUGUUCUGUCGUCUUUGGUGCCUAAAACAUUUUUAUGUUCACUUUUCCCUCCUUUGUCAUUUACUUCCUAUUAGUAAGUAAUCAUACACAUGCAGAGUACAGAUACGUGAACAUGUAUUGUUUCGUCUUCUCAAGUUUGACACAUGAAGCACUCUUUUUGAAAGGGUCGUAGUCUCCAGAGGAAACGGCAUGUUUUUUUCCCCCAAUGAUUUGGUAGAAUAAAUUAUAUGUCUGUAUGCAUAUUCUCUAAAAGAGAUUGCUAUUCAGUGUCUGCCAAGACUUUUGUGAGAGCGAGGGAGAUUGAGAGUAAAAUUGUACAUAUUUCAUGUGCUGUUGUAUCGUGUUUAAUGGUUGACCUGUUUCAUUGUGUCCUCUGUUUGGAGAAAUGGAGGAACCAUUCAAAAAUAACUAUCUGUAAAAGAAAAAAGUACUUAAUUAAAUAACUAUAACCAUCAAAAA